AUGGUUAUGAUUAAAAAUAAUAACAUUGUAACUAGUGAAAUUCAUGAAUUGAAAGAAGAAUUACUCUCACAAAGAGAGGAUAAAAAGAAGGAGGCUGUUAAGAAGGUUAUUGCAGCAAUGACUGUUGGAAAGGAUGUCAGUAUGUUGUUCACUCAUGUUCUCAAUUGCAUGCAAACCAACAAUUUGGAGUUGAAAAAGUUGGUCUAUCUCUAUGUUAUGAACUACGCAAAGAAUCAUCCAGAUCGUGCUAUCUUGGCUGUAAAUACAUUCCAAAAGGAUGCAUCUGAUCCAACCAAUCCAUUGAUUAGAGCUUUGGCUAUUAGAACGAUGGGAUGUAUCAGAGUCGAUAAUAUUACAGAGUAUUUGUGUGAGCCAUUGCGAUUCUGCUUGAAGGAUCAGGAUCCAUACGUGCGUAAGACCGCCGCUGUCUGUGUUGCAAAGCUGUACGAUAUCAACCCAGAGUUGGUCGAGAAUCAGGGAUUCCUCGAUAUUUUGAACGAUAUGCUCGGUGACUCCAAUCCAAUGGUGGUCGCCAACGCCGUCGCCUCGCUCACAGAGAUCGACGAGGUCAGCAAGCACGAAGUCUUUAGAAUCCACGGUGGCAAUAUCAACAAGUUGUUGGCCGCGCUCAACGAGUGCACUGAGUGGGGACAGGUCUUCAUUUUGAAUGCACUCUGUAAGUAUAAUCCACGUGACUCGCGUGAAUCCGAGUCGCGUCCAGAGAUUCUUCAGUACGAGAUGAAGGUGUUCUUCUGUAAGUACAACGAUCCAAUCUAUGUGAAGAUGGAGAAGUUGGAGAUCAUGAUUAUGUUGGCCAACGAGAAGAACAUCGAGGAGGUGCUACUGGAGUUCAAGGAGUACGCCACUGAGGUCGAUGUUGAGUUUGUAAGAAAGGCUGUUAGAGCUAUCGGUCGUUGUGCUAUCAAGAUCGAUCGUUCUUCAGAGCGUUGCAUUCAGGUGUUGUUGGACUUGAUCCAGACCAAGGUCAACUAUGUCGUGCAGGAGGCAAUCAUCGUCAUCAAGGACAUCUUUAGAAAGUAUCCAAACAAGUACGAAGGUAUCAUUGCUACACUGUGUGCCAAUCUCGAGUCACUCGACGAGCCCGAAGCAAAGGCAUCGAUGAUUUGGAUCAUCGAGUCGGACAAUCCUGAUUUGCGUGACCGUGGAUUCGUCUACUGGCGUCUGCUUUCCACCGACUUUGAAGCUGCCAAAUCCGUUGUUCUCUCUGAGAAACCAUUGAUUACAGACACCACCUCGCAACUCGAAGAGGGAUUACUCAACGAGUUGAUCUCCAAUAUAUCGACACUCUCAUCCGUCUAUCACAAACCACCCGAAACCUUUGUCGCCAAACUCAAGGGUCUCUCCAAGCGUGGAUUCCGUAAGGACGACGACGACGAAGAGGAACCAGAUUACAUCGAUGAUGAUAAUGAGAAUCAAAACAAUGGAAAUAGACAUCAUCAACAACAAAAUCAACAACAACAAUCACUUCAACAACAACAACAAACUAGAUCAGGUAAUCUCAUUGAUUUGGAUCUCUCAGAUCUUGGUGGUGCUUUGCCACAGACUUCCAGUCCAUACAAUAGCAUGGGUGGUGGUCAACCAUUCUCACCACAACAACAACAACCACAAUUCAGUGGCAAUCCAAACGACCUUUCUUUCUUAAACUCUGGUGGUGCCGGUGGAGCUCCACAAGUGCACGUCAACAAGCAGAUCCUCCUCGGUCAAGACAAGGGUCAAGGAAUCCAAAUCAGCGGUGCAUUCGCACGUUACAACGGUCGUCUUUCACUCGAAUUGACACUGCUCAACGUCAGCGGCAGUCAGAUCUUUGGUAUUUCACCGAUCGAAUCGAUCCUUCAGUGCGGAGCCAUCGAGAAUGGCCAAUCGCUGGACGUCUCGAUUCCACUGCACGCCAAAGAUCAGCCAUCACAACCGCUGGCCGAAGCCAUCAAGAUGGCCAUGAUGAACCUUUUCGAAAUCGUGCGAAAGAGAACACAAAACCAAGACGUAUCGUUCCUCUCCUGUAAGACCGAAAACUCUGUAUACAUCUUGGCGGAGCUAACCUUCACCGUUGGCCAACGUGUUGCCAGACUCACCUCAAAAUCAACUGUAACCGAAUUCACCCCACUUUUCGAACAUACCAUCGAUAUGUUAAUCAACGAUGUCAACUAUUAA